CGCACGGAGGCGGCGGCCGGACCGAGCCCUAACACCACCAAUCGGGGCUCCGACGGCCACCCAGUCCGGACGAGGUGCAGAACUAGGGGAAGGCGGCCGCGCCGGGCAUCGGGCAAUGGCGCUCGACUUCCUGGCUGGAUGCGCCGGGGGUGUAGCUGGCGUUCUGGUGGGACACCCGUUUGACACGGUCAAGGUGCGGCUUCAGGUACAGAACGUGGAGAAACUCCAGUAUCGAGGAACUCUGCACUGCUUCCAGUCCAUAAUCCGUCAGGAGAGUGUGCUGGGCCUGUACAAGGGCCUGGGCUCCCCGCUCAUGGGCCUCACCUUCAUCAACGCUCUGGUGUUCGGCGUUCAGGGUAAUACGCUUCGCGCCCUGGGCCGUGACACGCCGCUGAACCAGUUCCUGGCAGGCGCUGCGGCGGGCGCCAUCCAGUGUGUCAUCUGCUGCCCGAUGGAGCUGGCCAAGACGCGGCUACAGCUGCAGGAUGCGGGCCCGGCGCGUACCUACAAGGGCUCCCUGGACUGCCUGGUGCAGAUCUAUCGGCAUGAGGGCCUGCGUGGCGUCAACCGUGGCAUGGUGUCCACGCUGCUGCGCGAGACCCCCAGCUUCGGCGUCUACUUCCUCACCUACGACGUAAUGACGCGCGCGCUGGGCUGCGAGCCAGGGGACCGUCUGCUGGUGCCCAAGCUGCUGCUGGCAGGCGGCACAUCGGGCAUCCUGUCCUGGCUCUCCACCUACCCCAUGGACGUGGUCAAGUCACGGCUACAGGCCGACGGGCUGCGGGGCGACCCACGCUACUGCGGCAUCCUCGACUGCAUGCGCCAGAGCUACCAGGCCGAGGGCUGGCGCGUCUUUACGCGUGGGCUGACAUCCACGCUGCUGCGCGCCUUCCCCGUCAACGCUGCCACCUUCGCCACCGUCACUGUGGUGCUCACGUAUGCGCGCGGCGAGGAGGCCAGGCCCGAUGGCGAGGCUGUGCCUGGGGCCACCCCAACGGGACCCGCCCUGGCCCAACCCUCCAGCCUGUGAC